AUGACCCGAAUCCGACAACGCACCGCUCAACGCCUCAAAGAAUCCCAAAAAACAGCCGCCUUCUUAACAACAUUCAACGAAGUUGACAUGUCACGAUUAAUAAGUUUCAGAAAGAAGAAUAAGGAUGCAGCGUUGGAAAAACACGGUGUUAAACUGGGCUACAUGGGCCCAAUGGCACGUGCCUCCGCACUAGCACUCAAAGAAAUCCCAGCCAUCAACGCAUCAAUUGAAGGCGAGGAUACGAUUGUGUACCGUGACUAUGUGGAUCUCAGUGUUGCAGCGGCUAUCCCGAAGGGCCUUGUUACACCUGUACUGCGGAACACUGAGUCUAGGAGUAUUUUGGAGAUUGAGAAGGGGAUUGCAGAGCUGGUUAAGAAGGCUCGGGAUGGAAAGCUUACUAUGGGCGAUAUGACCGGUGGUAGCUUCACGAUCAGUAACAGUGGGCUUUGGGGAUCACUGUUUGGAACUCCUAUAAUCAAUGUCCCUCAGACGGCUGUGUUGGGAACCUACGGUAUUCAGGAUCGACCUGUGGCUAUCAAUGGACAGGUUAAAGUUCGACCGAUGAUGUACAUUGCUCUCACUUACGAUCACCGCCUUGUUGAUGGGAGGGAAGCAGUCACGUUCUUGACUCUGAUCAAGAAGUACUUGGAGGAGCCGGAGACUAUACUACUUUCGUUGUAG